CGAACCGUGGCUGGGGCGGCGGCUGCGAGGGCUGCGACGGUGAAGGAUGCACCCGGCAGGCUUGGCGGCGGCGGGGACGCCCCGGCAGCCGUCCAAGCGGAGGAUCCCAGUGUCCCAGCCCGGCAUGGCCGACCCCCACCAGCUCUUCGAUGAUACGAGUUCGGCCCAGAGCCAGGGCUACAGGGCCCAGAGGGCACCCGGUGGCCUGGGCUACCCUGCAGCCUCCGCCUCGCCCCAGGCUGCCUUCCUGGCGGAUCCUGUGUCCAACAUGGCCAUGGCCUACGGGAGCAGCCUGGCCGCCCAGGGCAAGGAGCUGGUAGAUAAGAACAUCGACCGCUUCAUCCCCGUCACCAAGCUCAAGUACUACUUUGCCGUGGACACCAUGUAUGUGGGCAAAAAGCUGGGCCUGCUCGUCUUCCCCUACCUGCAUCAGGACUGGGAAGUGCAGUACCAGCAAGACACACCUGUGGCCCCCCGCUUUGACGUCAAUGCUCCUGACCUCUACAUUCCAGCUAUGGCUUUCAUCACUUAUGUCUUGGUGGCUGGCCUGGCGCUGGGGACCCAGGAUAGGUUCUCCCCAGACCUCCUCGGGCUGCAGGCAAGCUCUGCGUUGGCCUGGCUGACCCUGGAGGUGCUGGCCAUCCUGCUCAGUCUCUACCUGGUCACUGUCAACACUGACCUCACCACUAUCGAUCUGGUGGCCUUCUUGGGCUACAAAUACGUUGGGAUGAUUGGCGGAGUCCUUAUGGGCCUGCUCUUUGGGAAGAUUGGCUACUACCUGGUGCUGGGCUGGUGCUGUGUGUCUAUCUUUGUGUUCAUGAUCCGGACGUUGCGGCUGAAGAUCCUGGCGGAGGCGGCGGCCGAGGGCGUCCCGGUACGCGGGGCCAGGAACCAGCUGCGCAUGUAUCUGACCAUGGCGGUGGCGGCGGCGCAGCCCCUGCUCAUGUACUGGCUCACCUUCCACCUGGUGCGAUGAGGGCGGCCCGGCCCACGCCCCCGGCUGCUGCUGCUCCUCGCGGCCGCGCGCCGCUGCCGCUCCUCCG